AUGGUAGCCACAGUCAUAGGCAUAGCUGUAGCCACGGCCAAGCCCACCAUAGCCUUAGCCCCCAUAGCAGUUGCUGUACUAAGUUGUGGUGUCAGGAAGGAUGGUGCAGAAGAGGAAGAUACUUACCUGAGUUUCGAAUAUCACUAUCUUCAUAAGGUCUUUUAUAUAGCCUUAGUAGUAGGUGUGGGAAGUCAUGGGACAACCUCAACAACCAACACCAUGUGUGGCAGCUACUACGGAGGCUGUGGCUACGGACGCUGUGGCUAUGGGGGCUGUGGCUACGGAGGCUGUGGCUAUGGAGGCUGUGGCUACGGAGGCUGUGGCUACGGAGGCUGUGGCUAUGGAGGCUGUGGCUAUGGAGGCUGUGGCUACGGAGGAUGUGGCUACGGAGGCCUGGGCUGUGGCUAUGGCUCCAGUUAUGGCUGUGGCUUCCGCACCCUGGGCUGUGGCUCUGGCUGUGGUUCUGGCUGUGGCUACGGAUAUCGCUCCAACUCUCUCUGUGGCUAUGGAUGUGGCUCUGGCUACAGCUCCGGCUUUGGCUGCUACUAA